AGAGAUUUUCAGUGUAACCACAAAAAAGAAUCAUCGGGAAACGUUGGAAGGGUCAUCGGAGCUGAGAUCUCUCGUGCGGCGUUGUUUCUUGGGUUUGGAAGAAAACAUGGGGGUGUCAUUCGGGAAGCUGUUCAGCAAGCUGUUUGCGAAGAAAGAGAUGAGAAUUCUGAUGGUGGGACUGGAUGCAGCUGGUAAGACGACCAUCCUCUACAAGCUCAAACUUGGUGAGAUCGUCACCACUAUCCCUACCAUUGGUUUCAAUGUUGAAACUGUGGAAUACAAGAACAUUAGCUUUACCGUCUGGGAUGUCGGGGGUCAGGACAAGAUCCGUCCAUUGUGGAGGCACUACUUCCAGAACACACAGGGACUUAUCUUUGUUGUGGACAGCAACGAUCGUGACCGUGUUGUUGAAGCGAGAGACGAGCUUCACAGGAUGUUGAACGAGGAUGAGUUGAGGGAUGCAGUUCUGCUUGUCUUUGCUAACAAGCAAGAUCUUCCCAACGCAAUGAACGCUGCUGAGAUUACUGACAAGCUUGGCCUUCACUCUCUCCGCCAACGACACUGGUACAUUCAGAGCACAUGUGCCACCUCUGGAGAAGGACUCUACGAGGGACUUGACUGGCUCUCCAACAACAUCGCAAACAAGGCAUAGAAAGGAUGUAGCAAGAUCCCUCUUCACUUGUUUUGUUUAUAAAUCAAGGAAAGAAGGGUUCUGUUUCGCUAGUACUAUCUUCAUAUCUUCUUCUUCUUCUCAAAAACUCAAAACCAUAAUCAUACUUUGUACUUUCAUUUAAUAACGAUGUUUUUUUGUUUUAAUUUUUUUCUUCCGUAAUUGAGUAAAAUCACUUUUGUUUAUUCUUUUCAACCAGAUCUUUACUUUGG